ACCAUACCAUGGCAACACUAACGCCCCACUCGCCAUUACCCGCGAGCGCGCAAGCGUCGCGCCAUUGCAUUGACAUUUUAAACUUUUAAAAAAAGAAACUCGAACAAAACUUUUGUCUAUCGUUUUUAAAAACUAUAAUUAUUAAAUGAAAACUUUUCUGUGAUUUAAAAAGUGUUUUGUUAAGUUAUUUAAUAAUGAAUGUGUUGUGUUUAAUAUUGUUUGUCGGUGUCGCCGCGUCUGCGCACGGACAAACCUUGGUUGAAGAAGUGAAAGGACCAAAACAUGGCAAAAAGGUAGUCUGCUACAUAGCUACCUGGGCGGUGUACCGGCCAGAUCCUGGCAGGUUCAGCUUGGAAGACCUGGAGCCUGGACUAUGUACCCACCUCGUGUACUCCUUCGCCGGUCUCAAUGAGACUUCUAACACUAUUAAGAGUCUUGAUCCCUGGCAAGACCUAGAGACAGACUACGGCAAAGCCGGUUACAAGCGCCUGGUGGCGAUGAAGGCCAAGUACCCACAUCUGAAGGUGACCCUGGCCAUCGGAGGAUGGAACGAGGGGUCUCCAAGGUACUCCAACAUGGCCAACAAGACAGAGAGCAGGGCUGCUUUCAUUAAGAGCGUUUUACUGAUGCUGAAUAACUACAAGUUCGAUGGUCUGGACUUGGAUUGGGAGUACCCUACCAAGAGAGAUGGCAAGCCCUAUGAUAGAGAGAACUUCGUUCUACUUGUUAAGGAACUCAGUGAGGCGUUCGAGCCACACGGCUACAUUCUAACAGCAGCGCUCGGAGCUGGUAAAUCCACUAUGGAGACGGCGUAUGACCUGGCCAAGUUGAGCAGAUACUUGGACCUCAUACACAUGAUGUGUUACGAUUACCACGGCACCUGGGAUGGUGUGCUGGGAGCCAAUGCACCGCUGAAAGGCAUCAAUGAAAAUGAUACUUUGAGUGUGGAAUGGACAGUAGAAUACCUUUUAUCUCACGGCGUGAGUCCCUACAAGAUGGUGCUCGGUCUCCCGAUGUAUGGGCGGACCUUCUUGCUGACAGACCCUGCCACCAGGGUGCUGGAGUACGGCUCUACUCCUGUGAAAGCUACCGGCUUCAAAGGACCGUAUACUGGUGAAGCUGGUUUCAUGGGGUACAAUGAGAUCUGUGCUGAGACGAUGAACAAAUCUUCACCCUGGGUCUACCACUGGCAUGAGCAGUCUGCCACGCCUUACCUCAGAGACGGAGAGAAAGUCAUCUCCUAUGACAACGGACGGUCUAUUGCUAUUAAAGUCAAAAUGGCCAUAGAUAAAGGUCUUGGAGGCGUUAUGGUGUGGUCCAUAGAUACAGAUGACUUCAGAGGUAUUUGCAAGGAGACUGACGCGUACAUUGACUUCGUGGAGCGCCAUAGGCGGAUGGUGACCGAUCCCGUCGUCAACAAGGCUGUUAAGAACUUGAAUAUACCUGAUGUAACCCAAGUAGGCUCAAAAGGCCCAGCCUACGUGCUACAAGACAACAUACUCCAACUACGUCUGCCCCAGCCGAAAUACAUAAACUACGCGCUAAUGCAAACGAUAAACGACGCUAUUACCUUAGCCGUAGAGGAGAAAAGGAUUUUGGAUGAAGUCGAACGUCUGGAGAGUGACAAUGUGAUAAGAAAGGUGGAGGAUAAAGGAGGUAAUGGGCAUAGUAUUAGAAGUAGUAUAGUUGGUAUUGUACUAUGUGCUUUGGUCGUCUUGAAUUUGUAGAGUUCCUAGUAUUGAAUAGGGAUGAUGACGGGGUAUGAAAAUAAAAAAUCUAUUUACG